AUGUACGGCGGCGAUGAAGUUUCAGCUAUAGUGAUUGAUCUGGGUUCACAUACGUGUAAAGCUGGUUAUGCCGGAGAAGAUGCUCCCAAGGCCGUGUUUCCUUCUGUUGUUGGAGCUAUUGAUCAAAUGGACGUUGAUGAAUCGGAUGAUCCUGAAAAGAACCCUGGCUCUGGUGAAUCGAAGAACAAUAGUAGAAAUGAGGGCGAUAAAGCCAAGGGAAAGAGAAAAUUGUAUGUAGGAUCUCAGUCCUUGGGCUACCGUAGAGAUUUUAUGGAGGUACUGUCUCCACUGAAGGAUGGACUUGUUGCUGACUGGGAUAUUGUUGACAGCAUUUGGGAUCAUGCCUUCAGUAGGGAGUGCCUAUUGAUUGAUCCUAAAGAACAUCCCAUGCUCCUGGCAGAGCCUUCUUCCAAUGCUCCACAACAGAGAGAAAGGGCAGCAGAGCUUAUGUUUGAGAAAUACAAAGCGCCUGCAUUAUUUUUGGCAAAAAAUGCUGUUCUGACCUCUUUUGCAUCAGGGCGUGCCACAUCAUUAGUUGUUGAUAGUGGUGGAGGAUCAACUACAGUUGCACCGGUUCAUGAUGGCUAUGUUCUUCAGAAGGCUGUGGCAACCUCUCCAAUCGGAGGAGAAUUUCUUACAGACUGCUUGAUGAAAAGCUUGGAAAGCAAGGGUAUUGUGAUGAAACCUAGGUAUUCCUUUAAGAGGAAGGAAAUACGCCCUGGAGAGUUUCAGACGGUAGAUUUGGAUUUUCCAAAUACAACUGAAAGCUACAAACUCUACUCCCAGAGGGCGAUUGCUAGUGAUAUCAAGGAAUGUGUGUGCCGCGCCCCAGAUACUCCAUAUGAUGAGAGUGCAUAUUCCAACAUCCCAACAACCUCGUAUGAGCUUCCUGAUGGCCAGACAAUUGAAGUUGGAGCUGAUAGAUUUAAGAUUCCAGAUGUUCUUUUCAAUCCAUCCGUGGCUCAGUCAAUUCCAGGCAUGGAGAGCUUUGCAGAAAUUGCUCCUUCAGUUCGAGGGCUUCCUCAAAUGGUUAUUGAAAGCAUUAAUAAGUGUGAUGUUGACAUUCGAAGAGAAUUGUUUAGUAGCAUACUGCUUGCUGGCGGCACAGCUUCAAUGCAACAACUGAAGGAACGCCUUGAGAAAGAUUUGCUAGAGGAAUCCCCUCAGGCUGCUAGAGUAAAGGUAUUGGCCAGUGGUAAUGCUACUGAAAGGAGGUUUAGUGUCUGGAUAGGAGGCAGUAUACUGGCUUCUCUUGGCUCCUUCCAGCAAAUGUGGUUCUCCAAAUCCGAGUAUGAAGAGCAUGGAGCUUCAUAUAUCCAAAGGAAGUGUCCUUGA